AUGGACCACCACUGCCCCUGGUUCAACAACUGCGUCUGCUUUAGCACCUACAAGUUCUUCCUGCUCACGCUUUUCUACGUGGUGGCUCUGUCGCUUUUCGGCGUCUUCACCACAGGAAAAUACGUGAUCGACAUGUGGGUGACCGCGCGCAUGACACCGUCGACCUUCCACGUCACUUUCCUGGCGGUCUUGGGGACUGGGCUGGCACUGGGCCUCGGCGCUUUCCUGUGGCACCACGUGUCCAUGGUCUUCAGUAACGAGACCACGCUCGAACACAUGCGUGCCCCCAUCUUCCGAGACACCGACGACUCGUUCAACGUCGGCUGCUGGCAAAACUUUGUUCAGGUUUUCGGGCCCCGGAUGUCGCUGUGGAUGCUUCCCGUGUUCACCAGCGUCGGCGACGGGGUCCGAUUCCCCACAAAGCUGCAUCCCGUAGUCGGCGCGCAGGAGUGCGAACAGCGCUCAGUAGAAGCCACUUACUCCACUGGCUCGUCCGUCGGUAAAUUGUCGACAGCAACAGCCACUGUGAUACUUUAG